CGUAUUGGUCUACGUUGUUGCAGGAAGUGUCCCGCAACCAAUAGAAUACGUAGCAGAUUUAUCAGCAUUUUAACCGCAAGUACAGUAGCUAUCUGUCAGUCAACGCUUUUCCUCUUUGAAUGAGAAGUUUUUUUCUGCCUGUUUUUCCUUAGUAAAUAGGUUUUAACCACGGGCUUGAUUUGUUUCCGGAACAAAAAGAAGUAUGAGGGGGUUUCAUUAAUGAAAGUCAGUUUAUAUUGCCUCGACGAUCCGGACUCGGAAGAGUUUUAUAGCAGAUAACAGGAUGGAACUGCUGUUGCGAUGGUGGCACAGAGAGGCUGUUCUGAACUCAAAAGUCCGGUCGGUGGUGCUAACUACAAGUUUGUUUUUCUUCCUGUUCGUUUCCAUGUAUCCUGGGUUGAGGUCCCUCGGGGUCCUUCUUCAUGCAGUCCUCACAGGAAGCUACGUGCCGGGAUACCAUUCUAUCCUUCUCAUCAACUUUCCCAAUGAACAGACAGCGAAGGACAUUGCCAGGUCUGUCAUGGAAAGACGGCUGGCAGCCAGUGUUAACAUUCUCCCCGGGACCUUCACAAUGUACUACUGGAAAGGUGAAAUCCAGGAUGCAAGUGAAAUCCUGAUGCUGGUGAAAACGAAGACCUCCAGGGUUGGGGAUGUUAUAAAAUAUGUGAGGUCCAUCCAUCCCUAUGCAAACCCAGAAGCCCUCAGUUUCCCGGUGGGGGAUGGCAGUCAGGCUUAUAUGAAGUGGAUGGACGACGCCAUUCCAGAUGACUGACAGAAGCUUACAGCAUUAUCAGAGCAACUGAGCCACGUGUGUACAUACUAUUGUACAAGGUCUUUGGGAAAUCUUCUGCAGAGUUAAAGUUUAUCACCUAAUAUGUGUUAUUGUUGUUUCAUCAUAAAAGUAUUCAUUAAUAUAGAGACAUUAUAUAAUUGGGACUUAAUUUUCAGCUGAUGUUAUUGUAUGGUUUAAAUAAAUAUAGUUUUUAUAAUGGCAGACAUGCCAGCAGAA